AGCCAAAUAUCCCUCCGUGAUGUCACGGGUAAGUCUGCUGAAAUCCAACACCACCAGCUGGUUUAGAGUUGUGAUGGGGUGAAUGCGGGUCCACUCGCAUCGCUGCAAGUCGAGGCACAUAGCUGAAACCAGCGCCUGGAGGAGAAGACGCACACAAGUCAGUCUCCUGUUGUGUCCACACUGGAGACAUUCUCUGGAUCCAUCAAAGCAAUCGUGCACAGAUCUCUUGUCAAAGCGGCUUCUGAUUUUUUUUUUUUUCCCCAGCUUGCUUGUUGAACUGCUGCGCGUCUUCACUUUUGGAUAAAAACAGCCAGAUUGUCCUGCGCGCCGCAGAGCGCACCAGAUGUUUUACUUUCUGAAAAGGAAACAUCUCACCAGCGUAGUGAAAUGAAGAACUUCUGAGGUGGCCUCCACUCUCUGUCCACUGUAACGCUUCUUUUUUGGUCGUUGCCAGAGGGUUAGCCCAUGUGCAGGCAUCCCAUUGAGUGCAAUUCUAUUUUCGCCCAGAUCUCUGCUUCCUGGACAAAUGCAUACAAAUGCAUUUAGGAGCCCAACGGACAAGGAGUGGACACGUUUCCGCGGCUGCAACGUGGAACUUUCUCCUGCUCCUGUCAGUAUGUUCAGCAGUAUCUGCAAAAAACAACUACUCUGCUCAAGGAGUGGAUAUUCUUUAUCAGCUGGGACUUACAAAUCAAAGCAGAACAGACAUUUCCAGCAAUGGGACAGCGUCGCCGCAUACAACUUCCACCAAUGGUCCCCAACCUUUGAAUAUCCCAGUUCCUGGAUAUGGGGUGGUUUUCAAUGCAACAUCCCUCUAUGAGAUCCCAGCAAAUAGUCUGUUCCAUUCAGACUUUGGAGUUGAGUUUUCUUUUGUGAUUAGCCUAAGCUCCUGGCGAGCCAACAAUGCUUUUGUUUUUAGUGUCAAAGAUAGCAGGGACAGACUCCGUUUUGGCAUUCAGCUGCUUUCACAGAAGGUAAUAGUCUACACUGCAGAGAAAUCCACAAGCUACUUCAACCAUAAGUGGAAGGAUGGACAGCAGCAUGCUUUUGCUGUUGGUGUCCGAGCGCAGUCAGUGUCCUUCUAUGAGGACUGUGGAGCAGUUCAGCAACGAGAGCAGACUUUGGGGAGGUCUCAGAGACUGGGAGAAUCUGGGAAUCUCUUCACAUUGGGUAGGAUGAACUCAAAGGCAGUUCCAUUUAUUGGUAAAGUCUGCCAGUUAGACAUCUACCCUUCAGCUCAAGCUGCCGCAAACUAUUGCAACUACCUUAAAAAACAGUGCCGGCUGGCCGACACUUAUCGAUCGUCUUUUCUGGGUUCUGGUUUGGAUUUAGAAGCUAAUGACAGCCCAUCUAACCCUUCAACAAUGCCCCCUGUAGGAGUACUAGCUACCCAUCAACAACUUUCCAACAAAGUUCCAACAACAGACCAAUUGUUGCCAAGUAAUCAAGUUAACAUACAGUCUUCAACUCUGAGCCCAAGAACAGAGCUAUAUCCAAGGAAACAAGACCACAUUUUCACACUGAAACCUUCAACCUCCCCGUCCACGUUUUUGUUUGAGCCUAACAGCCUAACACAAGCAACACUAAGUAGACAAGCACAGGGCCUCACCCACAGUAGAACAUUCAGUACAACAAAAAUGGAGUUCGCCAAAGAAAGUGAACCCAAGGCAGAUACGGAUCACACAGAGAUAAGUACAAAGGAAGGGAGAAACUCUAAAAAUCUACAUGUAGAAGAUUUUACAGCCCUUACAUCUCCAAUCAUGCAAACCCAAGCAAUAGAAGGACUCAGGGACAACUUUAGGCACUCUGAUCUCGGGCCUCAACAGACUCACCGAGUUCUACAGUCUCAUCCAAAAGUCAAUGGUACCACUUUGUACAGGGAACACCAGGUGGACUCUUCAGAACAUCAUGGUCUGGACGGCAGCUACGAAGACCAGGACUAUGGAGGAUAUGAUUAUGGAUUUGAGGAGCCAGAAAUAUUUUAUGAGUAUGAAGAUGGUUUGAAUGGUCCCAAAGGAGAGCCAGGCCCUCCGGGUCCUCCUGGUCCCCCUGGUUUACCUGGUCCUCCUGGAAAGAGAGGUUCUAGGGGUCCACCUGGUCCACAAGGAAAACCUGGACAACCUGGACCACCUGGUCCAAAGGGGUCAAAAGGGGAUCCAGGGCUUUCUCCAGGCCAGGCUCCACCUGGACAAAAGGGUGACAGAGGUCCACCCGGCCCACCUGGACCUAAGGGAUUUCCAGGACCACCGGGUCCUAAAGGUUAUCAAGGUGAACCUGGCCCACCAGGGGAACAAGGCAUACCAGGACCUCCAGGGGAGUCAGGAGCUGCAGGUUACCCUGGCAGGCAGGGCUUAGCUGGGCCAGAAGGUAGCCCUGGACCUAAAGGUGUACGUGGUCCUAAAGGUUAUCAAGGUGAACCUGGCCCACCAGGGGAACAAGGCAUACCAGGACCUCCAGGGGAGUCAGGAGCUGCAGGUUACCCUGGCAGGCAGGGCUUAGCUGGGCCAGAAGGUAGCCCUGGACCUAAAGGUGUACGUGGUUUCAUUGGGCUUCCUGGCGUUUCUGGUCCACCAGGGCUGGAGGGCGAGAAAGGCAUUCCUGGUCCUGUUGGAAAACCUGGACCCAAAGGAAUACACGGUGUGGUAGGAGAUGUAGGAGAGAGGGGAAGUCCUGGUCCAGAUGGCAACCAGGGGCCUGUUGGUGGGUCUGGUAUUACUGGCUUUCCUGGUUUGAGGGGGGAUCCUGGACCAGAAGGACUAAGAGGACUGCCUGGUAUGACAGGACCUCAGGGACCAGCAGGACACGUCGGGCUGCCUGGAUUGAAAGGUGAUAAGGGUGAAGUGGGUCAAAGGGGUGAGCCAGGAGAGAUGGGCUUCCAAGGUGACAAGGGUGCUGUUGGUGCUCCUGGUCCAACUGGACCCAGAGGGAAACCAGGGCCACCGGGUAGAAUUGGAGACAUUGGGAUACAAGGACCACCUGGGCCACCAGGACCAGAGGGCUUUCCUGGAGACAUUGGUGUACCAGGCCCCAAUGGCCCACCAGGACCAAAGGGUUUACAAGGUCCGAGAGGACCCCAAGGCCCGCCAGGCCCAAAAGGAGUACAGGGAGAGAAAGGGGACACCGGAGGUGUUGGAAAAAUCGGACCACCGGGUCCAGUUGGCCUAAUUGGGAUAGCUGGGGUAAUGGGAGUUCCUGGUGAAAAGGGUGACCGGGGGCCACCAGGUCCUACAGGUCCUGUUGGAGAAAAGGGGCCCAUGGGUUACCCAGGAUCACCGGGAAGUCCUGGGGAUAUUGGCAUGCAAGGUUUACCUGGUCCACAGGGACAGAGGGGCAGUCCAGGAAUCGCUGGGCCUAAAGGGAGAAGGGGGCCCAGUGGUCCAGAUGGCGCAACAGGAGAACCGGGACCUGAGGGCUCCAAGGGUGAAAAGGGUGAUUCUGGAACAAAAGGAGAACCAGGAUUCAUAGGCAAAGCUGGCGUUCCCGGAGAAAGAGGGCUUCCUGGAAAGCCCGGUAAGCCAGGUAUUCCAGGGGGCACUGGUGAGAGGGGACCUCAAGGGGAACCAGGACCUAAAGGGCCCACUGGGGAGCCAGGACCUAGUGGAGAGCAGGGACUUGAAGGUAUUCCAGGCAAAGAGGGAGGACCAGGUGCCAUUGGAGAGCCAGGUUUAAAGGGUGACAUUGGGCUUCCAGGGGCUGAAGGGGAACAGGGACAGGAGGGAAUCCGAGUGAGUGAUUGAAAUAAUAUGCUUUUU